AUGCGUUCCAACAACACUUCUUCUUCUUCUUCUUCAGGCAGUAGUGGCACUGGUCGGCACCCUUUGUACCGAGGAGUGAGGCGCAGGAGCAGUGGCAAAUGGGUCUCCGAAAUCAGGGAGCCAAAGAAACCUACCAGGAUUUGGCUUGGCACUUUCUCCAACCCCGAAAUGGCUGCUAUUGCUUAUGAUGUCGCCGCUCUUGCUCUUAAGGGUAACGAUGCUGCCCUUAACUUCCCCGACUCCGCUUCUUCCCUCCCUGUUCCUGCCUCUUCCUCUGCCCGCGAUAUUCAAGUUGCCGCAGCCAGUGCCGCUGCUGCUCUCGGAGCCGCCAAAGACUCCAUCGAGGGAAGCCGGGGAGCCGUGGCAGGGAAUGCCGUUGCGCUGGAGCAAGAGUUGCCGCUCUCCCAAGCCAGGAACACUAUUGACAACAAUAAUGAGUUUGUGGAUGAGGAUUUGAUUUUUGAUAUGCCUAAUGUUCUUCUCAAUAUGGCUGAAGGGAUGCUUCUUAGCCCUCCUCGUUUUCAUGUUGCCGAUGACUACACUACUGCUCCAGAAUACGUGCCGGAAGAUCCACACCUCUGGAGUUACCCUUAUUUCCCAUGA